UAUCUGUAUCAAUGUCUGUGUGUGUGCAUGUCUAUGUGUUUGUGUCUGUGUGUAUGUCGUAUCUGUGCCUUUGCGUGUAUCUCUGUGUUUGUGUAUGUAUCCUUCUGUGUGUGCAUCUAUGUAUGUCUGUGUGACAGUGUGUCUGGGUCUAUAUCUGCGGUGGAGUUUUAGCUCCGCUACUGAAAACGCUCCAUUAAUAAUUUAGUGGAGGCUGAGUUUAACACGCCUGCCUUCUGAAAGCAGCACUGUGUGAUUCUCUUGAGUGACUGCAGCCCCGGACUGAAUCCAAACACAGAGCUGAUGUCAAAAUCCGUGUGGGUGUGACCGUGAAGAUAUCCUUUUUACCAGACAACGACCUCCAGACUCCAGGAAGGAGAGAAGCAACAGCAGCAAGCCCGCUCGCUCCCUCUCACUAUGAGCAAGCACCAAGGUCCCUCACAGUCUCUCUCUGUCUCCGGAGCCUCCAGCAGUAAGAUUCGGUGGAUGUGAGCAGCAGCCAGUUCAUUCAUAUAAGAUGUUGAAGACGCACUUUGGGAAUCUCCGUAAGGUGGGUUCAGAAGGGUGCCUGCUGGACUGUGAGUUCCUACCCUGGACACGGCAAAUCCUGCACCGGUGUAAACACUUAACAGCUGACUGCCAGGAGGGGCCCAAAGAGCACUCCAAGAUGGAAGCACCUGCCACUGAGGAGGCCAAGGUAGUGGUCCAUGAGGAGGGCCAGAAGGUGAACAUUCCCGAGGUACGGAUUGAGAAGGAGUACAGCCUGAGUGUCGACACUUUGCACCAGCUGGCCAGUGACAGCUAUGAUGAAUCAGACAAGAGCUGCGACAGCCUGGGGCCUGGGGGCCAGGACACGGCCUACCGGCUGGGAGUGGAGGACCUGGGCAUGUGGCGCACCUACAGCGACGGCAAUCUAGCACGCGAUGGGGAGAGGCGGGACUUCAUCUCCAACAGCCAGCUGAAGGGUAAACAGAAAACGGAGAGUGGCUGGAGCCUGCCUUCCCCAAAGACACUGAGGAAAGAGCGGGCACUGGCAAGAAUGGCAGCUGCCAAGGAACACCUACGUUCCAUCUUUACUGGGUCCCGCAAGCACCUGGCUUCCAGCGCCGAAUCUGACCUUGGUUUAGAUUGUGCAGAGAAUGGUGGCAGAUCGAGGCGGAAGAAGCAUCUGGGCAGUCGCCUGGGCUUCCUCCGGAAGUGGAAUGAUGCCUGUGCUAAGAAUGAUCUGAACUCCCUGAGGCCUACAGCAGAGGAGGCCACACAGUGGGGAGAAUCACUGGAUAAGUUAUUAGCUCAUCGAUAUGGCUUGAUGGCUUUCAAAGGCUUCCUGCGUACAGAGUUCAGUGAUGAGAACAUUGAGUUCUGGCUGGCAUGUGAGGAUUAUAAGAACACCAAAUCCAACGCCAAACUCACAUCCAAGGCCAAGAAAAUCUUUGAGGAGUUUAUUGAUACCCAUGCCCCCAGGGAGGUUAACCUAGACUCUCACACUAGGGAAGUGACCUCCACUAACGUGCUAAGCCCAACUCACUCGACCUUUGACCUGGCCCAGAAGCGGAUCUUUGGCCUGAUGGAGAAGGACUCCUACCCUCGCUUCCUGCGCUCGCAAUUCUACCUGGACUUGUCGAACCCCAAGAAGCUGAACGGGGUGAUGUAGGGAGGAUUCAGGGUGUGGUGCCAGUGGAAACGGGGGAGAUCCUGACUCUCCGUCAUCCACACCCACUUUCCUCCUCGCCACCCCCACCUCACCCCAGGGCUUGCAUGCUGCCCCUAGCCCCCAACAACCACAGCGGCUCCACCGCACCCAUACGAGACAGAGCCACAUCACAUUGUCUUUGACACGUUGCCAGAGAUGUGAGGAGGACAGUGAAUGGCCACCUUCCUGGCUGGAUGGAAUGACGCUCAGUGAUUGGCUGGUUUAAGACAGAACUGCAGUCAAGUCACACCCUCCCACCAUUACCGCGGUGACCCUGUGGUGCCAUGCAUGCCUAUUUAUUUUCAGACUGUAUUCAAGAUGGCCAACAGUGAAGGCGAUCCAGACAGGAGUAUACUCCUCGGCUGUGAUAAAUGUCCAUUUAUUUAUUGUUUCCUGUGCCACCCUCUGGGCAGAGAUCAUACUGAGAAAGGGUCGGCACAUUUACAGACUCAGUGGUGUCAAUGUUACCUCCCAGCCUGAUGUGGACAGAGGCUGCAGACUCACGGAGUAUGGCUUUAACUUUCCCUGUGUUGUUGUCGCAUUUUAUUUAUUGUAUUCCAAACGGCCUGCAUGUACCCACCUCCAAUUUGCACACACACACAGGCCCUUCAGCCCUCCACACCUUUGCCCUAUCUAACAUUUCUGCACGUGUGCCGGCUGCAAGGGCGGGCGAGAAGGCCAGUGGAAUGCAGGAAAACCUACCGCCCAUUUGCUGUGUCCAUCCUGUAACAGGUCCUUCAACUGUGGAACCAGAAUAAUUAUCCCUGCAGAACAGGAUUGGGGUGGCAGGAUUGGGGAGUGGGGCUUGGUGCUGGGGCUGGGUGUGGGGGCUUGUUGUCACCACCUCGGCUGAGAUGAAGCAAUGUCAUGGGCACCUGGGAAAGACAGCUGGCAUCUUCCCAGUUUCUUCCGGGGUGGGGCACAGAGCCGUCCUGACAUUGCUUCCAGCUAUUGGUACAACCCAGCAGCUAGAGAGCUACCCACUGCUCAGUGUGAAGAAGGCUUCACCUUCAGUGCUAUUGAGGGCGUGGAACACAGGCAGGAACAGCAACACUCAACAGCCUCCCAGUUUGCACGGAUCCUGCUCUCUGGCUCCGUGAUGAAGGAAUGGUUGGUUGACUUUCGGCCAGGUGGUUAUAUCUUGGACUAAGUCGACAGGUUUCCCUGGUAUCAGUCAAGAAGGUAUCUAUUGCCAGUGGAGCUGCAGGAAUAUAUUCCCAGGUGGAAUGGCUCCUUCCCAUAUUUUUCCUUUUUUGGAAAGACUGAUUCAAAACCCAAUUCUAGAUUCGGUUUCACCAUCCUGGCUUCAUCUCUGGGAGAUAAUAGACACAGGAGGAGGCUUCAGUUGAAGGGAAAAGCUCCACUGGAAUUCCCAAUCUUGCAGUCACUGGGAUUUAGAAUCUCAGCCACAUUCCCAAUCCCACAGUCACUGAAAUUCUGAAUCUCAUUCACAUUCUCAAUCCAUUCACAUUCUCAAUCUGAGUCACAUUCCCAACUCUUUCAUGUUCUCAGUUUUAUUCAUAUUGCCAAUUCCAAUAUACUGGUAAUCCCAAUAAAAUUUCCCAUCCCAUUGACAUUCCCAAUCUGAUUCCCAAUUUCAGCCCUAUUUAUAAUCUCAGCCCCAGAAACAAUCUUACUCCCAUUUACAGAUUUAAUUUAAUAUCCACCCUUCAACCUGUUCAUAAUACCAGACCAAUUGAUGGCCAUAUUCAUGGCUCUUUGUUUUUUAUUUAUGGUACAUUGGCAUUGCUGGCUGGGCCAACAUUUAUUUCCCCUGUCCCAUUCCAGCCUGAAAUAGAAGAUCUGAUCUCCCCCCGCCCAACCCCUCCACCACCACCAAAGGUGUGGAUGGCAGCUGGAGGGUGCAUGGUUCAUGUUAGAACAGAAGAACAUAAGAGCUAGGAGCAGGAGUAGGCCAUCUGGCCCCUCGAGCCUGCCUCACCAUUUAAUAAGGUCAUGGCUGGUCUUUUUGAGACUCAGCUCCACUCACCUACCCACUCAACCUUAAUUCCUUUACUGUUCAAAAACUUAUCUAGCCUUGUCUUAAACACAUUCAGCGAGGUAUCUCAACCGCUUCACUGGCAAGGAAUUCCACAGAUUUACAAUUCUUUGGGUGAAGAAGUACCUCCUGACCUCAACCCUAUAUCAGCUUCCCUUUAUUUUGAGGGGAUGCCCUCUAGUCCUACUUUCACCAGCUAGCAGAAACAACCUCCCUGUCUUAUCUAUUCCCUUUAUAUCUUAUAUGUUUCUAUAAGAUCUCCCCUCAUUCUUCUGAAUUCCAAUGAGUAUAAUCCCAGUCUACUCGACUCUCCUCAUAAUCCAACCCUCUCAACUCUGAAAUCAACUGAAUGAAUCUCCUCUGCAGCCCCUCCAGUGCUAGUACGUCUCUGCUCAAGUAAGGAGACCAAAACUGCACACAGUACUCCAGGUGUGGCCUCACCAGGACCCUAUACAGCUGCAGCAUAGCCUCCCUGUUUUUAAACUCCAUUCCUCCAGCAAUGGCAGACAAAAUUCCAUUUGCCUUUUUAAUUGCCUGCUGCACCUGCAAUCCUAAUUUUAGCGAUUCAUGCACAAAGACACCCAAGUCCCUCUGCACAGCAGCAUGCUGCAAAUUUUGACCAUUUAAAACAUAGUCCAUUUUGUUGUUUUUCCCACCAGAAUGGAUGACCUCACACUUAUCAACAUUGUACUCCAUUUGCCAGAACUUUGCCCACUCACUUAGAUUAUUUAUACCCCUCUGCAGACUUUCAGUGUCUUCUGCAUACUUUGCUCUACCACCCACCUUAGUGUCAUCAGCAAAUUUUGACAGACCACUCUUCGUACCCAAUUCCAAAUCAUCUAUAUAAAUUGUAAACAAUUACAGUCCCAACAAUGACCCCUGAGGCACACGACUAGCCACUGACCGCCAACCAGAAAAAUACCCAUUUACCCCAACUCUUUGCUUUCUACUAAUCAACCAAUCCUCUAUAUCCAUGCCAAUACAUUACCUGUAAUACUGUGCACCUUUAUCUUAUGCAGCAGCCUUUAGUGUGGCACCUUGUCCAAUGUCAUCUGGAAAUCCACAUAAACCACUUCAACAGGUUCUCCAUUGUCCGCCAUGCAAGUAAUGUCCUCAAAGAAUUCCACCAAAUUGGUUAACCAUGACCUCCCCUUCAUGAACCCAUGCCGGGUGUUCCCAAUGGAACAAUUUAUGUCCAGAUGUCUUGCUAUUUCUUCCUUAAUGAUAGAUUUACACAUUUUCCUCACUACCGAAGUUAAGCUAACUGGCCUAUUGCCACCUGCUUUUUGUCUACCUCCUUUUUAAAAAAGUAGCGUCACAUUAGCUGUUUUCCAAUCUGCAGGAACUACCCUAGAGUCUAGUCAAUUUUGGUAAAUAAUUACUGAUGCAGUUGCUAUUUCUCCCAUCACCUCUUUUAUUCCUGGGGUGCAUUUCAUCAGGGCCAGGAGACUUGUCUACCUUUAGCCCCAUUAACUUGCCCAGCAUUGCCUCCUUAGAGAUAAUGAUAGUUUCUAGGUCCUCACCUGCUAUAACCUUCUUGCCAUUAGUUUUCAGCAUGUUAUUUGUGUCUUCCACUGUGAAGACGGACACACAAUAACAGUUUAAUGUCUCAGCUAUUUCCUCAUUCCCAGUUGUUAAAUUGGCCUUCUCAUCCUCUAAAGGACCAAUGUUUACCUUCGCUACUAUUUUAAGAUUUACAUAUUUAUAGAAACUUUUGCUGCUGGAUUUUAUAUUCUGAGCUGGUUUACUCUCAUAAUCUUUCUUAUUUUUCUUUGUAACUUUUUUCUUUGUGGCUUUCUGUUGAUCUUUAAAGAUUUCCCAGUCUACUAGUUUCACACUACUCUUUGCUUUUUUUGUAAGUGUUUUUUUUCAAUCUGAUACUUUCCUUUAUUUACUUAGACAUCCAUGGCUGGUUGUCUGUUUUUCUACUGUUCUUCCUUGUCACUGGAAUAUACUUCUGCUGAGCAAUGUGAAAAAUCGUUUUGAAAGUCCUCAACUGACCCACCAUAAAGUUUUUGCUGCCAUUCUACCUUAGCUAACUCCUCUCCCAUUCCUUCAUAGUCUCCUUUGUUUAAGCACAGCAUAGGUAUUGGAUUUAACCUUCUCAUGCUCCAUCUGUAUUUUAAAUUCGAUCAUACUGUGAUCGCUCCUUCCGAUAAGAUCCCUAACUGUGAGAUCAUUAAUUAUUCCUGUCUCAUUACACAGGACUAGAUCUAUGAUAGCUUGCUCCCUCGUAGGUUCCAUUACAUGUUGUUCAAGGAAAUUAUCGCAGUUGCAUUCUAUGAACCCUCCCCAAGGCUGCCAUGACUGACCUGGUUUGACCAAUUGAUAUGUAGAUUAAAAUCCUCGAUGAUAAUUGCUGUACCAAUUUUUACAUGCAUUAGCUAUUUCUAUGUUUAUCGCCUGUCCCACCUCGGUGUCAUUAUUUGGUGGCCUAUAGACCACAUCUAUCAGUGACUUCUUCUCCCUGCUAUUCCUAAUUUCCACCCAAAUGGAUUCAAUGUUUUGUUCAGUAGAACCUGUACCAUCUCUCACUGCCACCCUGAUAUCAUCCUUAAAAAUCAGAGCAACACCACCUCCCUUACCUUCCUGUCUGUCCUUCUGAAUACCCUGGAUAUUUAACUCCCAGUCAUGGCCAUCCUGUAACCAUGAUUAUGUAAUGGCCACUAAGUCAGACCCAUUUGCCAUUAUUUGCACCGUCAACUCAUCCACCUUGUUUCGAAUACUCUGAGCAUUCAGAUAAAGUGUCCUUAUGCCACUUUUUGCACCUUCUUUUUGGGUCCUAUUACUUUCAUUACUAAUGGUUCUUGACUGCUCCUUCACUUUAACAUUUUUCCUAAUUUUCAAUGGAGUCGAAGCUUCCUCGUCACCUGCUAACCUGCUGCUUUGCCUUCCAUUAAUUGUUAUUCUCCCUCUAUGCUCACUUUUCCCUUUCCCCUACUUACUCAUUUAAAGUCCUAUUAACCGCUCUAUUUAUCCUUUUCGCCAGAAUACUCUACCCAUCCCUGUUCAGGUGGAGUCCAUCCCAGUGGUAUAGAUCCCUCCUGUCCCAGAACUGAUACCAGAUCCCCAUGAAAAGGAAGCCCUCUUUCUCACAUCACUCUUUUAGCCGCAAUGUUCCUACCUGCUGCUGGUUUAUUUGGGGGAUACAAGGGCAGGAACAGGAGCUACCCCAUUGUCUCAGGGCCAGUGUCAUUCGGACCCUGAGGUGAUUGCAAUAAACAUCACUGCAACAAUGGUUAGUACAGGAACUUCCCACCUUGGAUCUCCUGUUCCCCUGACUGGCAUAGCCCCACAAUACCGAUUUUGCAGCCCCCUCAACCCCUCACAUCAACUCACUGACCCCGCAGCUGAGCUCAGUGACAGUUCGACCUGGAUAUGAAAUUCCACUCCCCCAUAAUAGCCAGGUCUCAACAGGCUUUGGACAGAAAGUCCAUGUUGGAACCAUUUUUAACUGCUUCUCAGAGGCUUCAGACAAGCUGCCAUGGAACACACUUCGACGCAGAUUUAAUUCUGAAUGGCAAAAUGUACUAAAAUUGCCUUUGAGGUGAGGCUUGUUGGAGGCACAAUCCCCACUGGCAAGGAGAAUUAAGAUGACCCAAGGUGAGAUUUUCGUAAAGUGUCUGCACUGAUGUCUUUGUCCAUGAGAAACAUAAAAUAAAAACAUGUUCAUUCUAAGUAACAACCGAGCUACAGCAUCAGUGUAUUCCCGGCUGGCGAAUUGGCAAACCCAGGAAGGGUUGUUAUUCACCCUCAGGAUUGUGGGCAUCAUGGAUAAGCCCCAGUUCCUAUUGCUCUCAGUUGGCAAGCUCCCGCCCCCCGACCCAAGCUCAGUUAGGUCUACCCCAGUCUUAGCUACAAUGAGACUGUGUUGGUAAGCUCUCCCCCUGUCUCAGCUACAAUGGGACUGCGUUGGUAAGCGCUCUCCCAGCCUCAGCUACAAUGGGACUGCGUUGGUAAGCGCUCUCCCAGCCUCAGCUACAAUGGGACUGCAUUGGUAAGCUCUCUCCCAGCCUCAGCUACAAUG